UAGAAGAGGCUCAGCUUUAUUAACUUCUGUUUGCUUUCAUUCUCUCUAUCUAUCAUCAUCCUCGUAAUCCUCAUCUCUCCUUUCUAACACCUAGUUGCAGUAAAGAAAGGCUGCUUCUUUUCUCUUUCUCUUCCUCUGUAGUCAUUGGUUUUAUGAAGAAAAACGUGAGCUAGGAGAGAGAGAGAGUGUGUAGAAUAAAAGAGUAGUGGAUUCAAAUCAAGAUAGGUGAAUCUAGAGAUGGAGCAAGGAGCUGGAGCUGGUGGUGGUGGUAAUGAGGUAGUGGAGGAAGCUUCACCUAUCAGCUCAAGACCCCCGGCCAAUAUGGAAGAGCUUAUGAGAUUCUCAGCGGCAGCGGAUGACGGUGGAGGGUUGGGAGGAGGAGGAGGAGGAAGCUCGUCUUCAUCAUCGGGGAACAGAUGGCCGAGAGAAGAAACGCUUGCUCUUCUCAGGAUCCGAUCUGACAUGGAUUCUACUUUCCGUGACGCCACUCUCAAAGCUCCUCUUUGGGAACACGUUUCCAGGAAGCUGUCGGAGCUUGGUUACAAACGAAGUGCUAAGAAAUGCAAAGAGAAAUUCGAAAACGUUCAGAAAUACUACAAACGCACAAAAGAAACGCGCGGUGGUCGCCAUGACGGUAAAGCUUACAAGUUCUUCUCUCAGCUCGAAGCUCUCAACACUACUCCUCCUUCUUCCCUGGAUGCAACUCCUCUCUCUGUCGCCAACCCCAUCCAACAACCACCUCCUCCUUCUUCUUCCCAAUUCCCAGUCUUCCCUCUACCGCAGAGUGUCUCUUUUACACCCAAUGUAGCUCCUCCUCCAGCUCCGAUGGGUCCCACUUUUCCUGGAGUUGCCUUCUCCUCCCACAGCUCAUCGACGGCUUCAGGAAUGGGGUCUGAUGAUGACAACGACGAUACUAUGGACGUGGAUCAGGCGGGUCCCAGCAGCCGCAAACGCAAACGUGGAGGCGGCGGCGGCAGCGGCGGAAAGAUGGCGGAACUGUUUGAAGGUUUGGUGAGACAAGUGAUGCAGAAGCAAGCGGCUAUGCAAAGGAGCUUUCUUGAAGCCCUUGAGAAGAGAGAACAAGAACGUCUCCAUCGUGAAGAAGCUUGGAAACGCCAAGAGAUGUCUCGUUUAGCUCGAGAACACGAGAUCAUGGCCCAAGAACGAGCCGCUUCUGCUUCUCGCGACGCCGCUAUCAUCUCACUCAUUCAGAAAAUCACUGGCCACACUAUCCUCUUACCUCCUUCUUUAUCACCACAACCGCCACCUGCCCCUAAACGCCCUUCAUCACAACCUGUAGAACAACCACCUCAGUUACAACCAAUAAUGGCUAUUCCACAACAACAAGUUCUUCCUCCACCUCCUCAUCAUCAUCAACCAGACCAACAACAACAACAAGAGAUCAUGACUAGGGAUCAAUCGUCACCAUCAUCAUCGCGAUGGCCAAAGGCAGAGAUUCUUGCGCUUAUAAACUUGAGAAGUGGAAUGGAACCAAGGUACCAAGACAAUGUCCCUAAAGGACUUUUAUGGGAAGAGAUCUCAUCUUCCAUGAAGAGAAUGGGAUACAACAGAAACGCAAAGAGAUGCAAAGAGAAAUGGGAAAACAUCAACAAAUACUACAAGAAAGUUAAAGAAAGCAACAAGGAACGUCCUCAAGAUGCUAAGACCUGUCCUUACUUUCACCGCCUUGAUCUUCUUUACCGCAACAAAAUACUUGGCAGUUCUAGCGCUUCUGCUCUACCUCAAGUACAAAAUCAGAGUCCGGUCUCUGCAGUGAAGCCCCCACAAGGAGUUCAUAAACCUCACGGGUCAGCUUCAAGUCAGGAAGAAGAACCUAGAGAGGAAAGUCCACAAGGAACAGAAAAGAAGACCUUGUGAUGAAAGAGCUGAUGCAACAACAACAACAAGAUUCAAUGAUAAGUGAGUAUGAAAAAGCUGAGGAGUCUCACAACUAUAAUAACAUGGAAGAAGAGGAAGAGGAGAUGGAUGAAGAACUAGACGAGGAUGAGAAAUCUGCGGCUUAUGAGGUUGCAUUUCAGAGCCCUGCAAACAGAGGAGGCAAUGGCCAUACCGAGCCACCUUUCUUGACAAUGGUUCAGUAAAUUUGAAUCACUGUUUCUGAAUUGCCCUCGUCCCCAACAAAAUGUACUUAUGUGUGCAUAGUUUUGUAAACAACACCCAAAAAAAAACUCAAACACACAAAAACACCAUCUGACACCAGCAACUGAAAUUUAAGGUCUCAUCAACCUUGAUUUUCAGUGGAUACAAUUCUUUCUUCACAUUCUUUCUCUUUGUUCUUUUUCGUUCUCAUUGUCUCUUGUUUGUUUCUCGGUUCAUUGUUUUCUUCUUCAACACACACACACCCACCCACCCACCCACAUGAACAAAAACUCUAGCUAAAGGUCUUUUAGUUUAUUUGGAGUUGUAAUUCAUCAGCAAGUCUCACUCUUUCUUUUUUCCUUUUCUUCUUUAAACAUUUGUUGAUUGGUUAAUUGGGGGAAUAAAGAGUCUUUUUUUUCCUUGAGAAGACUUUAAAAACAACAGAUACUGUAAAUCUUUAUUUCUUUAUGGUAUUUUCAAGCAUUUUACUUAAUUUCUGCUGCUUCUGCUUUGACUUGAUAGAUGAAAAAGAUUGGCUUAUUCAUAUUCACUUUGCUUCUGUUUUUUUAUUUUUUUUGACUGAGGAGAGACUCAUUCAAAGCCAUAGCUUGAGAAAGAGGAGAAGAGAAGAACGAAUCUGUGUUUUAUGUUUUAUCCCUUUUGCGGCGCCCACAAAGACACAAUCCGAUAAGCCAUUUAUUCAUUUGUGUCACGAUCAGUUAAAUAGGGUCACUCAAAGUUUGUUCUUUUGUUUCAACUUUCUCCUUUUUAUUUAUUUUAUUUUCAUUAUAAUCAAAAGCAUGUGCAGCUUUUGUACUUACAACGACAAGACUCGUGCCACUCUCAUUGUUCAUCUUCUGUUUUUGUUGCUUUUUAAUACCUUCAAAAGCUGUUUCAGAAU